GCUCUUGGAGAAUUAAAACCUUGCAUAUAUCCACGGAGGCCUCCCCUGCGCCUUUUGGAAAAGAAGCAACUGCUGCUGCAGCCUGUUGAAUGCCACUUGCUGAUAACAGGACUGCAAAAAAAGAAAAAGAAAAAAGCAGGCUCUAAAGCACUUCCUGGAGUUCAGAAAUGAAAACUGAGGAAGGGAGAAAGAGGGAGUUUCCCUUCUGAUCUCUCUUACUUGCUUUAAAAAAAAAAUAAAAAAAUUAAAAAGAGCCACCCCCAAUCAGAAAACCCAAGGCUGAGCUCCUGCCAUGAUGUCAGAGGGAGAGAAACCUACAGUUUGUUAAUUUCACCUCUCCAUCAGACCCAGGGCGAAAGAGAUCACCCAGACCAGCUGUUUCCCCCUGUGGUCAUGACGGCUUCUUCGCACAGUGACUCUGUGGUGGUCUUGUUUGGGGCAACUGCAGGUGCCUAUGGGGCUAAGCUGGGGUCCGAUGAGAGGGAAUUAAUUCUCUUGGUGUGGCAAGUUGUGGAUCUACACAGCAAGAAGGUAGGGACGCUGCACAAAUGCCUGGUGAAGGCCGACAACUUGGAGCUGAGUGACCAGUGUCGAGAAGUGACAGGCUUAACCCCUGAGGGCCUGAGCAAAGCUGAGCCCCUGGACCGGGUUCUCCAACAGUUUAGCCAGCUGGUAUCCAGUGAUUUGAAGGUUCUGGGAAGAAGCUCUUACACGUUCUGUACGGAUGGCCAAUUACUCAUCCGGCAGGUCCUUCAUCCGGAGGCCUCCAAAAAGAAUCUUCUGCUGUCAGACUGCUUUUAUUCAUUUUACGAUCUACGCAAAGAAUUUCACAACUUCUACCCUAAUUUGGCCCCCGUGAAGGAUCAAACUAUCCAGUCCAUGGCAGAAUAUGUUGGCUUUGGGAUAGACGAAUCCGAGGAGGAUUUUGGAGUGUGGCAAGUGAAAGCCAUGGUGGCCAUUAUCUUCAGCAUGCUCUCAGAUACGUGCAUUGCAGAUCACAGGUUUACUGACCCCGAAACUGUGAAAUACAAGUAUGAAACCGGCCCCUGUAGUAAAUCGGAAGCAGUGGACAGCGAAACAGUCAUACGGGCCAGAGGUCUUCCUUGGCAGUCUUCCGACCAGGACAUCGCUCGCUUCUUCAAAGGCCUUAAUAUUGCCAAAGGUGGUGUGGCGCUCUGUCUCAAUGCCCAGGGAAGGCGAAAUGGAGAGGCCCUGGUCCGAUUUGUCAACUCUGAACAGAGAGACCUGGCCCUGGAGAGGCACAAACACCACAUGGGGAGCAGAUACAUUGAGGUUUACAAAGCAACUGGAGAAGAAUUUCUAAAGAUUGCUGGAGGUACCUCCAACGAAGUAGCCCAGUUCUUGUCCAAAGAGAACCAAGUCAUCAUCCGGAUGCGAGGCCUGCCGUUCACAGCCACUCCCGAGGAUGUGCUGGGAUUCCUGGGACCUGAGUGUCCUGUCACCGGAGGGAAGGAGGGACUUCUCUUUGUCAAGUACCCAGACGGCCGGCCUACAGGAGAUGCUUUUGUCUUGUUUGCCUGCGAAGAGUAUGCACAGAAUGCACUUAAGAAGCACAAGGAGAUCCUGGGGAAACGUUACAUUGAACUCUUCCGAAGCACGGCGGCCGAAGUCCAGCAGGUCCUUAACAGAUACAUGUCAACUCCUCUCAUCUCCACACUGCCCACCCCCAUCAUCCCUGUCAUCCCGCCUCCGUAUACCAUUGCCACCGGCAGCGUGAGAGACUGCGUCCGGCUCCGGGGCCUGCCUUACACGGCUGGGAUUGAUGACAUCCUGGAGUUCAUGGGAGAUGCGACUGGAGACAUCAAGCCGCAUGGAGUCCACAUGGUCCUCAACCAGCAAGGCCGGCCAUCUGGCGACGCGUUCAUCCAAAUGAAAUCUUCUGACCGGGCUUUCCUGGUGGCCCAGAAGUGUCACAAGAAGAUGAUGAAGGACCGUUACGUGGAAGUGUUCCAGUGUUCAGGAGAGGAGAUGAAUUUUGUUUUAAUGGGUGGCACUUUAAAUCGUAGUGGCUUGUCUCCGCCGCCAUGUAAGUUACCAUGCCUUUCUCCGCCGGCCUAUGCUGCGUUCCAGACAGCCGCCGCCGUUAUCCCAGCAGAAGCAGCAAUAUACCAGUCACAAGCACUCUUGCCGCAAACCAGGAACCAGCAGGCUUCAGCUGCUGCCGCCGCCGCUGCCGCCGCCACUCCAGCUGUUGCCUACUACCCAACACAAGCGGCACAGCUUUAUAUGAACUACACAGCUUACUACCCCAGCCCUCCUGUAUCCCCUACCACAGUGGGGUAUAUUGCAGCCUCCCCAGCUGCAGUUGCUGCUGCUGCCUCGGCCACGCACACUCCAAUGCUGCCCCAGCCUGGAGCUCUUGUUCGGAUGCAGGGAUUGCCCUAUAAUGCUGGAAUGAAGGAAAUCCUCAGUUUCUUCCAGGGCUAUCAGCUCCACGCGGAUUCCAUCCUCCCGCUUUACAACUUCAGCGGCCAGCCCAGUGGAGAAGCUCUGGUCACUUUCCCCAGCCUGGACUCGGCGAAGAAAGCCGUGGCCGAGAGAAGCGGGUGCCUCCUGGGAAGCCACCGUGUGGAGCUCUGCCUGAUCUAACCUAUUGACUGUGGUGGGGGCGAGGCCAGAGAAGCCCACCCCAAACAUUUUUGAGAACAGGUCUUCCACUCACCAAAGUGCGUCCUCAUCCCGAUGGGAGAGGGCAGUGGUCCUUGCGGGGGCUUCGACUGAGUGGGGCAGGACAUUCCCCCGCUCCCCACAGACCUAAUAUUCUAGUGCUAGAAUGUGGCCAUGAAAAUCCUCGCCCUCUUAAUUUGGAGUUAAUUUGAGCACUUGAGCAGUUGCAUCCUCCGUGGACUGCUACGUUUUGCUUUGUUUUAUAUAUGAGUUUGAAGUGAAAGGUUUAAGCCUAGAGAUUUCCUUCCAGUGGUAUUUGGAAUCCACACUUGCCAAAUAUGUCCCCCUUUCUGGGGAGUGAUGCAGGAUGGAAUGCCCUUUCAUCAAGAGGGGACUUGUGGAAAUUGCUUUUUUUCUUUUUUCAAAUAUAGCCUGGCAAUCCUAUCCAAUGUUUUGUUCUUGUUAGCUUUCCUUUGAUGCCUGGGAAGCUGCAUCCAAAUGGAAUAACAUUUCCUUUUUUUAAAGUCCAUGUUUGUGAGGUACAAUGUAUGUAAAAGAAAGCCAUAUUUCAGUCUCCAAAACAUUAACGCUGCCAACCUGUAAACCAAACAAACCCAGAACUUAUAAAUCUUCCAAGAAUGGCACAUAAACGUUGAGGACUAGUAAAUUAUAUAUUUUGUUUUAUUUAAACAUCAUAGCUCUCAGAUACUACAUUAAAAGGGGUUGUUUUUUGUUCUAGUUUAUGUGCAUGCCAUUUGUUUACAACAUUAUACUUUAUUUGUAUAUUACGAAGCAACAAGAGAAGUUGAAUCUAAGACCAGCUAGUGCAUGUCUUUUUUUUUUUAAAAAAUGUGAGUGUAUGUAUAUACAUGUUCAAAGAAUUUAGUUUUAUGUUGUGUAGCGUGUGCUGAAGCAUCUACUGACAAAGCACUAAACGAUUUUGUUUUUACCAUGCCUUAAUCCAAGACUUUCCCAAAAUGUGCAAUAACAGCAGAGGGAACCUGUUUGUGCAAGAGACUUCUGGGUACCUGUAAGUACAGGGAUCACCAUCUUCUUCUUCUUCUUCUUUGCUAAGCAUGUACAAGUGAGUAGUACUUAAAGGGAAUCAGACCCCCCCCCCUCCCAAUGAUGUAUGCCUCCUUAUAUCACAAAUAAUAAAGAGCCUUGAAAAAUAA